AUGGUGUUCGAGUCGGUCGUAGCGUCGGUGUCUUCUCGAGUUGGUGAGUCCUAUGAAGUUUUUAACUAUGAAGUAAUUGGGUCUGAGUGCAAGGACCUUGUAAAUGGCUACGCUGGGGCUUGCUUUAAGAAAUUCACUUCCUAUGAUGAAGCUAUAAAGUUUAUUGAAGCUGGGCGUGAGGUUGGAACUGUACUUUCGAAAAAGCGAAAGAUUGGGAGCAUGAAUAGUGACCUGGAUGGUCGAGAAGAUCCGUUACCGACCAAGUUAUCUCCUGAAGAGCAUUACAUCCGUAGUGACCAUGUUCCAAGCACUCUAACAUUUUAUCAUGAUGCAUCAUGCCCGCGACGUGUAAUGGUUUAUACUGAUGGUUCAUGUAACGGUGCACAUGAUGAUCGUCGUGCUGGUUAUGGUGUUUACUGGGGACCUAAUCAUCCAUGGAAUGUCUCUGAGCGUUUAGAAGGAGAGCAAACAAAUAAUAGAGCAGAAAUUGAGGCGGUGAUAUGUGCAAUUAAACAGGCACACAUUGGUGGUAUUACUCAUUUGGGAAUAGUUACUGAUAGUAAAUUCACUCAAAACUGUGCAACAGAAUGGGGUCAACGGUGGGCGCGAAAUGCCUGGAAAUUAGCCAAUGGUGAAGAUGCUAAAUUAAAAGAACCAGUUAAACGAUUAAUUGAAGUUAUCGCUGAAUCAGGAAUUGAAAUAAUCUGGUACCAUGUCCGUAGUCAUCGUGGCGUACACGGUAAUGAAGAAGCAGACUCGUUGGCUAAUAUUGGCGCUAGUAAAUCAUUACCAAAGAAAUAA